AUGCCAAAACUAUUUCACUUACUAAGUAUUAAGAAUCUCCGAUCCACUAUUUAUGAUUGGAUAGUUACAUCUAUGACAAUAGUAUGGUAUCGUGAGGUAUUUCUGCAGUGUCCGGUGGAAUCGACUAUACUAGAUGUUGGUGUUGGUACUGGUACAAGUCUAAUUGCUAAUCGUGAUAUUAUUCAAAGCAAACAACUUCUCGUAACUGGAGUUGACUAUGAUGUGGAUUAUGUUCAGAGAGCAAAUGCAAAUGUAAGUAAAUAUAGACUUAAUAAUCAGGUUAAGAUUGUACAUUCUAGCAUUUUGGAUUUUAAGGAGUCACCAUUUGAUGUGAUUUACUUUUCUGGUAGCUUUAUGAUUAUGCCUAACAAAGUGGAUGUGUUGAAGCAUUGCUGCAGUUUACUUCGUCGUUCUAAAACUAAUGGUGUUUCUUCAGGUGAAGAAAAAGAAAAUGUUGCUGUCUUUUUUUUCACACAAACCUUUGAAAAACCAACAUUACUGGGUUUGUAUAUAACACCAAUUUUAAAACGGUUAAUGAAAAUAGUAACUACAAUUGAUUUUGGAGAGGUUACGUAUGAAAAAGAUUUUUUAUUAACCUUAAAGGAGGCGGGAGUGAAAGUAGUUUCACUGCGAACAUUAGAAGAAUCAUAUUUCCGUAAGCAGGUGAUAGUCAUUGCUAGGCCAGAAGACUAA